AUUUUUUUCCUUACUUACAGAUCAUAACGUCACUGAGAAUCAACCACAUAUUCUUCGAUCGCAUAAAGUCUUAGAAAAGGAAAAAUCUGCAAUAGAAUGCAUGCCACCUGUUCCUCAAAGCAAGAAAAAUGAUGAAGGUAAGGUAACUGAAGGUCAGUCAAUUAGUCUUCCUCAACCUGCCAGAAAUGAAAAUGAAGAAUCCAUGUCAAUUGACUCUUCAAGCAAUAGUGGGUCAGAUUUAGUAGUUGUCUUUGAAUCACCAAGGAAAUCAAGAAAUACUUCUCCUAAAAAAGAUAAUGAUGCUGCUAUAAAACAACCACAUAUUUUACGCUCUCAUAAAACUCCAGAAAAUGAAAAACCUAUUGUUGAAAGUAAACUUACCAUUCAAAGUGAUAAAGGGUCAGAUUUAGUAGUUGGUUUUGAAUCACCUAAAAAAGAUAAUGAUGCUGCUAUAAAACAACCACAUAUUUUACGCUCUCAUAAAACUCCAGAAAAUGAAAAACCUAUUGUUGAAAAUAAACUUGCCAUCCAAAGUGAUAAAGGAUCUGAUGUGGAAGUUUUGUAUGAAUCACCAAGAAAGCAAUCAAACACUCAACCAUUGAAAGAGACUUUAUCCAAGAAAGUGGGUAAGCAGAAACAAUCCUCUCCGGAAAAGCAGUCACCACCGUGGGAAGUAGUAUUGACAAAAAAGUGUCAAGUUUCAUUGAAAGGUUUUACUUUUAAAGUCUGGCUUGACAAACAAAGGUCUUUUGAGCUAAAUGAUAGAGAUUUAGCUUCUUUAUCUCCUACUCGCUGGUUAAGAGGAAACAUUAUUGAUUUUUACCUUCAAUAUAUAAUUAUGAAAUCAAACUAUCAAGAAAAAACUCAUUUGUUCUCUACUGAUUUCUAUUCACUUCUAUCAAGAAAGGAAAAAAAUGAUGAAGCUCUGGUACAAUCUGUUACAAGAAGUAAAGCGGCGGCAGCAGCAGCAAAGCCUAGUGACAGGCGUCCAUGGACAAAAAACAUUGAUAUCUUUUCACAGGACUUUAUAAUAAUUCCAGCAAACAUUGAAAAUGUACAUUGGAUAUUAAUUAUUAUCACCUUUCUGAAAAAUGUUUGUUUAGAAGAGCUAAAAAGCAAUGAUGCUUCUGAAAAACCAUGUCAUAUUCUGCGUUCUCGUGCAUCUUCUGAAAAUGAAAAAUCUGCAUCAGUGUCAAGGGCCAGUCGAAGUGAUAGAGCCAAUGAUGCUUCUGAAAAACCAUCUCAUAUUCUGCGAUCUCGCACAUCUUCUGAAAAUGAAAAAUCUGCAUCAGAGUCAAGGGCCAGUCGAAGUGAUAGAGCCAAUGAUGCUUCUGAAAAACCAUCUCAUAUUCUGCGUUCUCGUACAUCUUCUGAAAAUGAAAAAUCUGCAUCGGAGCGUAGGUCACGGGCCACUCGAAGUGAUAGAGGCAAUGUUACUUCUGAAGAGUCAUCUCAUAUUCUGCGUUCUCGUUCAUCUUCUGAAAGUGAAAAAUCUACAUCGGUGUCAGUGACCACUCGAAGUGGUAGAGCCAAUGAUGCUUCUGAAAAGCCGCCACAUGUUCUGCAUUCUUGUACAUCUUCUGAAAAUGAAAAAUCUGCAUCGGAGCGUAGGUCACGGGCCACUCAAAGUGAUAGAGGCAAUGAUACUUCUGAAGAGUCAUCUCAUAUUCUACGUUCUCGUUCAUCAUCUGAAAAUGAAAAAUCUACAUCGGUGUCAGUGACCACACGAAGCGAUAGAGGUAACAGAAGCUCUAGUGAAACAAAAUCUAAAACAAAAGUACCAAAAAUUUUUGUCUAUGAUUCUCUUAAAUCUGACAAUAAGCAAGUAGUUACUAGAAUAAGAAAUUUUUUACAAGAAGAAUGGGAAUUCAAGAAAAAGGGAAUAAAAUCCUUUGAUGAAAAAGUUCUUCCUCUUGGUCCUGAGAAUAGUGCUGAGCAACUUGAUAAUCAUAGUUGUGGAUUAUAUGUGUUUUAUUUUCUAGAAAAAUUUUUCAAGAAAAAAAUGUUUGAGUCUAAUGAAGAAUUAACAAUUGAUGAACAUUUCCGACCAGCCCUUAAAAGAAAAGAAGUCUUUGAAGCCAUUUUAAAAUUGAAAAAAACAAUAGCUCCUGUUUAAAAAAAAAAGCCAUUUCAUUUGUUUAACUUGUCAAGUCUAUAAGACUUCUCUUUGACUUAUUAAAGACAUUUAACAAUCGGAAUUUUGACGUUUAUAUGAGAAUCAAGUUAGAAUUCAUAUUGUGUGUAUCUAGCUAACCUCCAAUGAUUCUAAUUUCCCAAAUAUUAAUUUUCCUUGUGACAAUGUAUGCACUGAAUUCGUCUAUAAUUUCAGUUCACUUCAUCAUAUACAUAUUUUUUAUACUACCGAUAUAUUUUAUUUAUAUAUUAUAUAAUUAUAAUGAACAGUAUCAUUGUGAAAUCUAAAUUUUGACAAUUUUUUAAUUAACUUAUUUGUUGCAUAUUUCUUAUUCAUUGCAUUUACUUACUUUUUUUAUAUCUUAUAAUAUAUCUCUGUUAAAAAAUUUUACAAUGUCAACUACUAGUUUCAAACAGCUACGACAGAUAACAGUUUUCAGUGGUAAGGUCACUGUAAAAAUUGUUAGUGUGUGUAAAAAAAAAGGCUUUAAGGUAAAAACUUUGCUUGACAUUUGUGUUAACCUCAGUACGCUGUGAAAUUGUCCCAAUAUUUUCUUUUAAAUGAAUAUUGUCAAGUUUUGAAUUAAAAAUCAAAUUUUUUUUUUUUUCAAAUUUUGUAUCACAUAUUAAAAGUUAAUAACUUACUCAAGAAUCACUCUUAUUGCAUUGCUACAGUAUUUUAAACAUUUUUUGUAUAAAAGUACGAAGAAAAAAAUAAAGUAUAUAGACAUUUUGUUUUUCAAAUUUUGUGUACCGUGACUAUGAUUUAAUUUUUUUUUAACAAAAUGAUGUUUACUUGACAAAGUGGCUCAUAUGUUUUCACACUCUUAUAACUUCUGUUUUGUGCAUCCAUCAGUUUUAUUAAUUUUGGAAUCAUCAAAAAAAAUUUUAUUAAAUUAUUUUUAUUUGGGAUAAUUUGCGAUUUUUUUUAAAGUGAAGAAACAAAUUUCAUCACCUUAAUUUUACUUCCUUAUACUGAAAAUCCCCCCUUUUUUUUUAACAUACUGAGAGAGAAAAAAUCAAGAGGUAUUUUUUUUUUUAACUAAAAAAAAAUAAUAAAAUGUAAAUUUUAGCCAAAUGUACGUUUUUGCUUUUCUAAACAUUUGAAUAACCUCCUUAAAUUUUGUUUGCACAUAAUGCUCAAAAAGAUGCUUUUCAAUGUAGAUAUAUAUCAAGAGGGUGAUAUACUACUUUAUAUGAACCCUACAUAACAUUUUAUGCUUUGAUUAUCAUUUAAAAUUAUUAUAACGGCUUUCAAAGCAUAAAGUGUUAUCACUUAUUUUUGUAUACAUUUCUUAUGAAAUAUCAGUAUUGACUGAAUCUUUUUUUUUAUUUAGUUUAUAGAAAAAUUCUCACACUAUGGUUUAUUGAUCGAUAGUUAAUGGAAAUAAAUUAUUUAUAUUUAGUUGUCUAAUAAUAAGCUAUUAAUGUGAGAAAAAUACAUUUCGACCUAAAAACUAAUCUAGUUCAUUCAUUUUUAUGUAUCGAGAGAAUUAAAUCCAAAAUUGCAAAAGAAGAUAACUUCCAGAUUCAAUUAAAGUUUGGAUUUUAGUUAUGCUUAUUAACUGUUUGAAUGUUAAACAUCAAGUUUGCAUCAAUAUUAUUGUGUGGAAUAGUAAUAUUUAUCUGAUUUUUCUAAAUUUUUGCAUACAAUAAAUACAUUUUUUAACAUGAAACUUGUAUGAAUUUUCCUUUAGAUAUGUAUUAUUGUAUAAUAAAAAAUUUUUUUAUUUUUA